AUGUCAGUGUCCCUUUCGUACGCGCUGAUUGUGGUGACCAACGAGAAGAAGUUGGAGGAGCUCUACCACUUCUACACCCGCCUCGGGUUCCGCUUGACGAAGCUGUACUCGAAAGCAGGGUUGCUGACCCACCCGGCCCCUGAAGAAGGUAAGCUGACAUUGAUUGGCAUUGCCCUGGACCUGAUUCGGGAGUUGUGGUUGGAGCUGUUCCCGCUUCAAGAUACUGAUGCCGCCACGGGGAAAAUCAAGCCGUGGCAGGAGAUGUCGGUGUACCAAGGCGACGUGCUGGAAGCGCUUGGCGUGGCCUCGGUGCUCAAAUUGAGAUUGCUGCUGUUGGAGACCCCGGAGGAGUUGGUGCUGAAACACCAGUUUUACUUCUUUACUACCAACUUAGACCAAGUGCAAUCGAUUUUAGAACGUCCCUUUGUUGAUGACCACACUAUUUAUGCUGAAGACCCCGUGGGUACCGAGCUUAUAUUCUCCACUAAACCCACGCCCACCUCGCAAUUGCUGUUUUCCGACCCCGAACUGUAUUUAGACCACCGCAAACAGGAGAUCAUGCAAAGACAGACUCGCCGGGGGCUGACGGUGGGGUUAGCUCCCGUACGCUCAGAGUUGGAACGGCGCAAACCGCGGAGAAAGAUCGCGGUGAUGACGCUGGGGGGUGACGCUCCGGGGAUGAAUCCCGCGGUGAGAGCCGUGGUGCGCCUGGGGAUCUACUAUGGUUGUGACGUGUUUGCCAUCUGUGAAGGCUACAGUGGUAUGGUCAAAGGUGGCGACUAUAUCAAGCAGAUGACGUGGAGCGAUGUCCGUGGCUUACUUCAUAAGGGCGGGACUGCUAUUGGUACCGCUCGUUGUAAGGAGUUCAGAGAACGUGAAGGGAGACUUGAAGGUGCCUUCAAUUUAAUAUCCCACGGCAUCGAUGGCCUCAUCGUCAUUGGUGGUGACGGGCUGUUGACUGGUGCCGACGCCUUGAGACAAGAAUGGCCGUCGUUGGUGGCUGAGCUUGAGUCCAAGGGACGCAUCGACAAGGCCACCGCCGAACGCAACCAGACUUUAACCAUUGCCGGGCUUGUGGGGCUGAUUGACAACGACAUGGCCAUGACCGACCUGACGAUCGGGGCGCUGUCAGCGCUCGCCCGGAUCUGCGAAUUGGUGGACUAUAUCGAUGCCACCGCCCAGCUGCACUCGCGGGCGUUUGUGGUGGAAGUGAUGGGCCGUCACUGUGGCUGGUUGGGGCUCAUGCUGGGCAUUGCCUGUGGUGCUGACUAUAUCUUUAUCCCUGAACACCCUCCUAGCGCCAAGACGUGGAAGAAGGAGCUUAUGGACAUCUGUAAGCGUCACCGGGAAAAGGGUAGACGUAAGACUACCGUCAUUGUGUCUGAAGGGGCCAUUGACGAUGAAUUAAACCCUAUCAGUUCCGAAACCGUCAAAGAGGUGCUUGUCGAGCUUGGCUUGGACACCAGAAUCACCAAGUUGGGCCACGUGCAACGUGGUGGUGCUGCUGACGCCCAUGACCGGCUUAUGGCUACCUUACAAGGGGUGGAAGCGGUUAAAGCCGUGCUUAAUCUGACCCCCGACACGCCACUGCCGAUGAUCUCGAUGAAAGACGCCACCAUCAGUUGCAAGCCGUUGAUGCAAGCGGUAGAACAAACGAAGCAGGUGGCCAAAUACAUCGAAGCCAAGCAGUUUGACAAGGCGAUGAGUCUCCGCGAGCUGGGGUUCUCCGAUGCGCUCAAGGCGUUCUGCGAUAUCAGUCACGGCGACGACGGCUCGCAGUUGUUACCGGAAGACCAGCGGUUGAACAUUGGUAUCAUCCACGUCGGGGCGCCGCUGGCGGGUCUCAACGCCGCUACUCGGGCGGCGGCGCUUGUGUGCUUAGCUAAGGGCCACCGGCUCUACGCCAUCUACGGUGGGUUCCUGGGUCUUAUCGAUAACGGCAAAGUGAAGCAACUUGAGUGGUUGGACGUUGAGGAAUGGCACAACCAGGGGGGGUCGGAAAUCGGUACCAACCGGCUGUUGCCGCUGCUUGACUACGGUAAAGUGGCCUACUACUUCCAAAAGUACAAGUUUGACGGGCUUAUGAUCCUCGGUGGGUUUGAGGCGUUCACAUCGUUGCACCAAUUGCACUCUAAGCGGAAAGACUACCCGAUCUUCCUGAUGCCGAUGGUGGUGGUCCCCGCCACCAUUUCCAAUAACGUCCCCGGUACUGAAUACUCGAUGGGGCUGAACACGUGUUUGGACGAGUUGGUGCGGUACUGUGAUGCCGUCAACCAGCUGGCGUCGGCGCUGAGACGGCGGGUGUUUGUUGUUGAAGUGAUGGGGGGCCACUCUGGUUACGUGGCGCUGUACUGUGGGCUUGUCACCGGCGCUCUUGCCAUCUAUACUCCUGAAGAACGUGUCAGCUUACACACUCUCGAGGAGGACAUCCAGUUGUUGACCCAGCUGUUCGCUGACGACCGCGGUGAGGACAACAACGGGAAGUUGAUCAUCCGUAACGAACAAGCGUCCACAGUAUACACCACCGACCUUGUGGCUGAUAUCAUUAGAGAGCAAGCCAAGGGCCGGUUCGAGACGCGGACGGCGAUCCCGGGGUACGUGCAACAAGGGUACACGCCGCUGCCGUUGGACCGGAUCUACGCCGUCAAGCUUGCCACCCACGGUCUUGGAUACAUCACCUCCGAAGCCGCCAAAGGCGAUAUUACUAUUGGCGACGAAGCGCCCUGCCGCGCCAAAGUGGUGGGGAUUGUCCGCAGCAAAAACGUGUUGCUGCUGAUUGACGAGGUGUGGAACAACGACGCCAAUGUGGCGUUGCGGAAGGGGAAGACCGUUCACUGGCUGCAGAUCAAUAAGGUGCUGGACAUGUUGAGCGGGCGGUUGCUUUUGCGCCAGCAUAAGGAGGUGGAGAUGAACCGCGCCGUCCGCCACGCGUACGAGGUUGAAGUCCAUGAGUACCAACAAGAGGCCCUGGCCACCACCAAAGUGAAAUAA